GUGGUGGACUCGGCUGGGGACUAUAGUGUGGAACCAGCGUCGCCAGAAGUCCCUGCUCCUGUUUUACCAAGCCCUGCUGUUUCUGAACUACUUUGCCCCGGUGAAUAUAGUCCCUCAUCGCCUUCCAUUUUUUUUUGAACCGUGCCCUCCGAUUCACGCAGCUGAUUUUGCGCCCUGGCGAACGCCAUUGUUAAUCAGAGCGUCCAGCUGAGUGAGCGGCUCUGACUGGAGGCCACGCCCUCGAGCGCGCAUGCGCGGCCCGCUUCGCCCCGGCCGGCUCCCGCUGCGUCGCUCGCUGUGAGGGAGAUCGUCCCGUCGAAGGAGGAGCGGCGAUCGGUUAAAAUAAAACCCCCUUCGGAGCAAGGUGGGCUGGUGUCCGGCACGGCCCACCCAAACCCUCACCGUAGUCAUUACCAGGCGACGUUAGUUACAGUGUGUGGUGGACGAAAGAAGCCAUGGAGUGGCUGGGCUGCUGAAGGGAAUCGGUGCUGGGAGCAGGAGGGAAGGGAAAGGGAGCGGGACUCCUCCCGUGGAAAAGGCCCCAAACUCACCGCCAUCACAGGCAGUUGAGCAAGUGGCUGUCACAAAGGAGAAUAAACAGAACUAUUUGCCCUAAUCAAGCCCCAAAUCAAGUAACUGUUCAAGGAAACUGUAAGCAUAAAGGACAAUGUCAGAUGAAGGAACCAUGACUGCACAAGUGACUUUGGAAGAUGCCUUAUCCAAUGUUGACCUUUUGGAAGACCUGCCACUGCCAGACCAGCAGCCUUGCAUCGAACCACCACCUUCAUCACUAUUAUACCAGCCAAAUUUCAACACCAACUUUGAAGACAGAAAUGCAUUUGUUACGGGUAUUGCCAGAUAUAUUGAACAAGCAACAGUUCAUUCCAGCAUGAAUGAAAUGUUGGAGGAAGGUCAAGAAUAUGCUGUUAUGUUGUAUACUUGGAGAAGCUGUUCAAGAGCCAUUCCUCAGGUUAAAUGUAAUGAACAGCCUAACAGAGUUGAAAUUUACGAAAAGACAGUAGAAGUCCUUGAACCAGAAGUCACAAAGCUAAUGAACUUCAUGUAUUUCCAGCGCAAUGCAAUUGACCGCUUUUGUAACGAGGUGAAACGACUUUGUCAUGCUGAGAGGAGGAGAGACUUUGUUUCAGAAGCUUACCUUCUCACAUUGGGCAAAUUCAUUAACAUGUUUGCAGUCUUGGAUGAACUGAAAAACAUGAAAUGUAGUGUGAAAAAUGACCAUUCGGCAUACAAACGAGCUGCCCAGUUUCUUCGUAAAAUGUCAGACCCACAAUCUAUACAAGAAUCUCAAAACCUGUCCAUGUUUCUUGCAAAUCACAACAAAAUUACUCAGUCUCUCCAGCAGCAACUUGAAGUCAUUCCAGGCUAUGAGGAGCUUCUUGCUGACAUUGUAAAUAUUUGUAUUGAUUACUAUGAGAACAGAAUGUACCUUACUCCUGGUGAAAAGCACAUGCUACUGAAGGUGAUGGGAUUUGGUCUGUACCUUAUGGAUGGAAGUGUAAGCAACAUAUACAAAUUGGAUGCCAAGAAACGGAUACACUUGAGCAAAGUUGAUAAAUUUUUCAAGCAACUGCAGGUUGUACCAUUAUUUGGUGACAUGCAGAUAGAGUUGGCCAGGUAUAUCAAGACAAGUGCUCAUUUCGACGAAAACAAAUCAAGGUGGACCAUAACAUCAUCUAGCAGCAGUCCGCAAUAUAACAUUGUUGAACAAAUGAUUCAGAUCAGAGAAGAUCAUAUGCGUUUCAUUUCUGAGCUUGCCCGCUAUAGCAACAGUGAGGUGGUGACAGGGUCAGGCAGACAAGAAGCUCAAAAGACAGAUGCAGAAUACCAGAAGUUAUCAGAACUGGCUUUACAGGGAAUGCAGCUGCUGUCCCAGUGGAGUGCUCAUGUUAUGGAAGUGUACUCUUGGAAGCUUGUGCAUCCUACAGACAAGUACUCCAAUAAAGAAUGUCCAGACAAUGCAGAGGAGUAUGAAAGAGCAACAAGAUACAAUUACACGAGUGAAGAGAAAUUUGCACUUGUUGAGGUUAUAGCAAUGAUAAAAGGACUACAAGUGUUGAUGGGUAGAAUGGAGAGUGUGUUCAAUCAUGCAAUUCGACAUACCAUUUAUGCUGCACUCCAAAACUUUGCUCAGAAAACUCUUCGUGAACCUUUGCGUCAGGCCAUCAAAAAGAAGAAAAAUGUGAUCCAGAGUGUUCUUCAAGCUAUUCGGAAGACUAUAUGUGAUUGGGAGGUUGGACAAGAACCAACAAAUGAUCCUGCGCUCAGAGGAGAAAAGGAUCCUCGAGGUGGCUAUGACAUCAAAGUUACCCCCCGAGCAGUUGGACCAUCCAGCACCCAGUUGUAUAUGGUGCGCACCAUGGCAGAAUCAUUGCUAUCUGGGGAGCUAGCGAAGCAGCUAAAAUCUCUGGGGCUGGAAAAAACACUCAUUGCGACGAACACCUUUCUGAGACGUUCCUACAUCUAUCCAACCAUAUUAAACUUUGGUGAAACACUUCAGCAGUGCUGUGACCUGUCUCAGCUUUGGUUCAGAGAGUUCUUUCUUGAAUUGACAAUGGGAAAAAGAAUUCAGUUUCCUAUUGAGAUGUCAAUGCCCUGGAUCUUGACUGACCAUAUUUUGGAGACCAAAGAAGCAUCCAUGAUGGAGUAUGUGCUAUAUUCAUUGGAUCUGUACAAUGACAGUGCCCAUUAUGCUCUUACUAAAUUCAGAAAGCAGUUCCUUUAUGAUGAAAUUGAAGCAGAGGUGAAUCUCUGCUUUGACCAAUUUGUGUACAAGUUGGCUGACCAGAUAUUUGCUUACUACAAGAUUAUGGCCGGAAGCCUCCUUUUAGACAAGCGGCUGCGGGCUGAAUGCAAGAACCAAGGAACUAAUAUACCAACGCCCCCAUCAAAUAGAUAUGAGACUUUAUUGAAACAGAAACAUGUACAGCUUCUUGGUAGAUCAAUAGACUUGAAUCGACUGAUCACUCAAAGAAUUUCAGCAGCAAUGCACAAAUCAUUGGAGCUGGCAAUUACACGUUUUGAGAGUGAAGACCUCACCUCCAUUGUGGAGCUUGAAGGUCUUUUGGAAGUCAAUCGCAUGAGCCACAAGCUACUUGGUAAAUACCUAACUCUGGACAGUUUUGAUGCUAUGUUCAGGGAAGCCAAUCACAAUGUAUCAGCGCCAUAUGGAAGAAUAACCCUUCAUGUUUUCUGGGAGCUCAAUUACGAUUUCCUUCCAAACUACUGUUACAACGGUUCUACGCAAAGGUUUGUGCGUACUGUUCUGCCCUUCUCUCAGGAGUUUCAGAGAGAUAAGCAACCAAAUGCACAUCCACAGUACUUGUAUGGAACCAAGGCACUGAACUUGGCGUACAAUACCAUUUACAGCAACUACAAAAAUUUUGUGGGUCCUCCUCAUUUUAGAGCAAUUUGCAAGCUCCUGGGCUACCAAGGAAUUGCCGUGGUAAUGGAAGAACUGUUGAAAGUUGUUAAGAGCCUGCUACAAGGAACCAUUUUGCAGUAUGUAAAGACUUUAAUGGAAGUGAUGCCUAAGAUCUGCCGUUUACCCAGACAUGAAUAUGGCUCCCCAGGAAUUCUGGAAUUCUUCCACCACCAGCUAAAAGAUAUUGUGGAAUAUGCAGAACUGAAGACUGUAUGCUUCCAAAAUUUACGAGAAGUUGGAAAUGCGGUCCUCUUUUGUCUUCUAAUCGAGCAGAGUCUGUCUUUAGAAGAAGUCUGUGACCUGCUACAUGCAGCACCUUUCCAGAACAUUUUGCCGAGAAUCUACAUCAAAGAAGGUGAGAGGUUAGACACAAAGAUGAAAAGAUUGGAAGCCAAGUAUGCUCCACUUCACCUUGUCCCAUUGAUAGAGCGACUUGGAACACCUCAGCAAGUUGCAAUUGCAAGGGAAGGAGAUCUGCUGACAAAGGAGCGUCUCUGUUGUGGACUGUCCAUGUUUGAAGUGAUUUUGACGAGAAUCCAGCAAUUCCUGGAUGAUUCCAUUUGGCGAGGACCCCUUCCAAGUAACGGCGUAAUGCACGUGGAUGAAUGUGUGGAAUUCCACAGACUCUGGAGUGCCAUGCAGUUUGUGUACUGUAUUCCAGUUGGGGCACAUGAAUUCACUGUAGAGCAGUGCUUUGGAGAUGGGCUGCAUUGGGCUGGCUGUAUGAUUAUUACAUUGCUUGGGCAGCAACGGCGCUUUGACGUCCUCGACUUCUGUUACCAUUUGCUCAAAGUCCAGAAGCAUGAUGGCAAAGAUGAUGUCCUCAAGAAUGUGCCUUUGAAGAAAAUGGUUGACAGAAUUCGCAAAUUCCAAAUUCUGAAUGAUGAAAUAUUUGCUAUCUUGAGCAAGUAUCUGAAGUCAGGUGAUGGUGAAAAUGUCCCUGUGGAGCACGUCCGCUGUUUCCAGCCACCUAUUCAUCAGUCGCUAGCGAGCUCCUAAUAAAGAACAUUUGGGACAGCUGAAGCAAUCCAGGAAUAUUUGCAUUCUGAAUGCCUGGAUAAUCAACUGGCUGAUACUCUGCAUUUUAAUAAUGUGAAAUGUUAGAGUUAAAUAUUUAAACUGCUGUGUGAUUUUGUUUUUCUAAGAGGACAGUGCAUGGUUUGUAUUAGUUGAGGGUUUUACUGAUGAUUUUGCCAUCAAACACUACCAGCAAUAAGUAUCUGGAAGAGAUUUUAAAAUGGUAAAAACUGAUUAGUUGCAAAGAUUCCUUAUGAAAUUUUAAAAAAGUAAUCAGAUUAUUUCAACUUUGUAAUGGCAUUGUUAUAAGAUUAACAUUUUUCAAAUCUAUAUUUUACUACACUAGCCUGCAUUCAUAGUUUACUGGUGCUGUACUAAAAGAUGCUCUUUUACUUCUGUUCCAGUAAUAAUUUUGCUUUCAUCCCCUCGUGCAGCUCAUUUAUACUAAAUUUUCCACAGUAGUUACAAAAAUUUUAAAUGAAUCAUGAGAUUUUUUGAACUGUUUACCAGUUUAUAUGGAAGAAAUAAAUACUUUCCCAUCUAUUCCUCA